AUGGCAGCCGGGCUCAACAAACAAUCCAAAUUCCCAGACAAGCUCAUAGUGAUGAAGCAGGUCCAAGAUCAAGCCAGAAACAUGAGUCAGGAAGUCAAGGUCUGGAUCAGGUCUAAAGGCAGCAGUCAGGGACAGCCAUUCUCCAGGCAAGGCCACAGAGGUUGCAAGAAUGUUCACUAUGACCUUGUCUUCAUCCUGGAUGCCUCCUCCAGCGUCGGGAAAGAAGAUUUUGAGAAAGUUCGGCAGUGGGUGUCUAAUUUGGUGGAAACUUUUGAGAUUGGCCCAGACAAAACCCGUGUGGGUGUGGUGCGAUACAGUGAUCGUCCAACCACAGAGUUUGACCUGGGAAAGUACAAAACCCGUGAGGAAAUCAAAGAAGCUGCACGAAACAUUAAGUAUUAUGGGGGUAAUACAAACACUGGAGAUGCUCUCAGGUACAUCAACACGUACAGUUUUUCCAAAGAAGCUGGUGGGAGACUUAGUGAUCAAACUGUUAAAAAAGUGGCUAUCCUUCUGACUGAUGGAAGGAGCCAGGAUUAUGUCUUGGAUGCAGCCACUGCAGCCCAUCAGGCUGGGAUUAGGAUCUUUGCCGUGGGUGUUGGUGAAGCCUUAAAAGAGGAACUCGAUGAGAUUGCUUCAGAACCCAAGUCUGCUCACGUGUUUCAUGUCUCCGAUUACAACGCCAUCGAUAAAAUUCGGGGGAAGCUGAGAAGACGUCUCUGUGAAA